UGGGCACACACUCUCCAGGAGACACCAGCACAUCUGCUCCAUAGGACCAGAGCCCCACUGCCGCUUGGUCCCCGCUUCUGGCGACAGCGCUCUCCCCACCCUAAGGUUGGUCUGGGUCUGGAUGUCUCCAUUCCUGUUCACACCUACACACCUAGCGGUCACUGAAUUGCACGGACCUUGCCCACUUCCUGACCACAGUACUGCUCCGCAGGCCUUACUGAACAGCGCCAGCCACCGUACGCGAGGGAGCGGCGCAUACGUGACGUCACUGAAGUGCGCCUCUCCAGCGGCAAGGGCAACACAGCUCUGGCACAGCCAACGUUGCUGUUUCCGGCCCCCGACUAUGCUCUUUCCGGCCCCACUCGAUUGCUGCAGGAGCCCCGCCGAGAUAUGUCGGUCCGCGAUCCCGAGGAACCCCGGGCAGUGGUGUGAAUUCCGCGGACAUUACACCGGCCGCAGGAACAGCGACGGAGCAGGCGUCAGAGUGCCCACCUACCGGUGUCAAUGCGACUGGGACCACUGCUCCUCUCCGCCCGGCAGCCCGAGUUGAACCAGCCAGCGCGCCGCACCCUGGGAGGUUGGGAGUGCGCAACGCUCGCCUCGCGUGGGUGGAGACAUCGACGCGCGCAUCGGGACUGUUUCUACAUCGAGCGCGCACAACUGGACGUGCCACCGCUGCGACACCUCGUCCCAGGACAGCUUCACGGACCUGGGUCUGCAGCCCCGGGUGCUGCGCGCACUGCACGAAGCUGCUCCUGAAGUCGUUCGACUCACCACCGUGCAGUCGGGCACCAUACCCCUGCUGCUUCGCGGCCACCACCUCCUUUGUGCCGCGGAAACUGGCAGUGGCAAGACUCUAAGCUAUCUACUUCCACUUCCGCAACGGAUCCUUGAUCGUCUGGCUCUGGACAUCCACCUUGUACCUGCUCCCAGGGGUCUGGUCCUUGGGCCUUCCCGAGAAUUAGCGGAACAGGUACAGGCUGUGGCCCAAUCGCUGGGCAGCUCCUUGGACCUGCAGGUGCAAGAGCUAGGGGGAAGCCCUAGCAUUCGAAGAAUUAGGCUACAACUGUCCAAACAACCGUCAGCACAUGUUAUAGUUCCCACACCGGAGGCUCUGUGGAAGGCCCUGAAGAAUAAACUGAUUACCCUGGAGCAACUCUCCUCAUGAUGGAUGAGGCAGACACGCGGCUGGAUGAAAGCUUCCUAGACCUUGUGGACUACAUCUUGGAAAAGAACCAUAUAGCCCAAGACCCAACUGACUUAGAAGACCCCUUUAAUCCCGAAGCUCAGUUAGUGCUGGUGGGAGCCACAUUUCCUGAAGGGGUGAGCCAGUUGCUGAAUAAAGUGGGGAGCCCAGGAUCUCUCACCACCAUCACCACUUCACAGCUCCACUGCAUCAUGCCUUAUGUCAGACAAACAUUUCUGAGGCUGAAGGGAGCACAGAAGGUGGCAGAGUUGCUGCAGAUCCUCAAGCAGCGUGACAAAGAGAAGCCUGCAGCCUCAGGAACUGUCCUGGUGUUCUGUAACAGCUCCAGCACUGUCAACUGGCUGGGAUAUAUUCUGGAUGACCCCAAAUUCAAACACCAAAGGCUUCAGGGACAAAUGCCAGCCUCAGUGAGGGCAGGCAUCUUCCAGUGCUUCCAGAAGGGAUCCCAAGACAUACUGCUCUGCACAGACAUAGCCUCUCGGGGCCUACACAGCACCCAUGUGGAGCUGGUUGUCAAUUAUAAUUUUCCCCUCACCCUGCAAGAUUACAUUCACAGAGCAGGGAGGGUGGGCCGGCUUGGGAGUCAGGUGCAGUUGUCAGCUUUGUGACCCAUCCCUGGAAUGUGAACCUGGUGCAGGAGAUUGAACUGGUAGAUCACAACAGGAAAAGCCUUCCAGCACUUAACAUCCUCUGUGAGAGAGCCUUUGCCUUAGGAAGCUUCAUUUUGGCUCACUCAAAUGUGAUUCUUGAUUAGGGAUCUUUACUGGUGCCCUGGGUGGGUGAACACACUUGUCAACUACGCUGCACUUAAUACCUCACAGGGCCUGGUGAGCUGCUAGUGGCUUUGAAAGAUGAGCUACUGGCCAGUAUUGGAGUAAUGGAGCAUUGGACCAAAGCAGCAUACUCUUUCACAUAAAAUGUGAAAAAUAAAAUAGAUUUUGGUUUUAGUCAUGUUGUCAUUUCUAGCAAUAAAUAAAGCUUUCAUGGGC